UAAAGAUGUAGCCGGAAACUAUAUGUGACGGGCUCUGUGACAUUUAGCAGUGGUUGUUUAGCGACAGUGUCAUUCUUAUGUUGAUGGUUUGUGUGGAAAUACAGAAGAAUCAGAAUGUUUCUCACUACUGUGAACCUUGCCAAGAGCAAAUCCAAGACUUUGCUUGUUCAGAUGAUGAGUGCAGCUGGCACAGGUUACUGUUUCAACACAAAGAGGGGCCGAUUGAGGGAGAAACUGGUUUUGCGCAAGCAGGACCCCAUAGUGAACAAACAUGUUCUGUUCUUUGAGAAGAGGAAGAUCCGCUCUCUUUAAAGUGGGAAAAAAACUCUUAUAUUAUGGACACUGAGGAGAGGGACUGUUAUACAGAUGAAACAUCUGCUGAACUGGGGUAAUCAACAUCUAACAAUAUAAUGUCAAUAAGCAAUCAUGAAGAAAGAAGAAAAUUGGAAUGGAUUUCACACCACAUUAUCACUGCAACUUCGGAUGACUGCAAUGGCACAAGGGGUUUGUCCUGUCAUGAUAAAACUCAAUGACUUCAGUAAAUAAUCAGUGUAUUAUAUAGGAUAUUUAAGUUUUUUAUUUUUACUGAGGCAAAAUUUGAUUUGUUAAAAAAACUACACCAUUUGCUAAAUUAAUUUGAGUUUGUUAUUGUUCUAAAAAUAAAUCUAGAAACAUAA